AUGAAAAUCCAGAAGCUUCUCCAGGCUUUGUCCUUGGCCGCCUUGGCCUCUGCCAGGCCACUUCCUCAUAAAAGUCCUGGAUCCGGCCUCCGAGUCCGUGAAUUUCCCCAGGAGUUAUCACAUUUUAAGUUUGUGAGCUCUGUUCAGGAACUCCUUCAACUUAAUAACCCCAAUCAGAUUGAAGAUGCCAUUUUUGGACUAUUGGAUAAUGAGGGUGCAGAAGCCGGAGCUGGACAGAUCGAGGACCUUGAUUGCCUCCAGCAAGCGAUUGCCGAUCAGGCAUUUACUAAUGCCAAAGCAGCUGGCAACAUCCAAGGCAUGACAGAUGCGCUCAUCUACCGUGCUCUGGAGCGCAACACCGGAACCGUCGGGGAGGCCAGUGCGCGUUGUGGAAGCAUCGAAGCUGUCAACCCCGAGAUUGCUGCGAUUUCCCAGCACCAAGACCCAGCCUCCGAGGGCGCAGCUGAAAUAAACAAGAAAAUCACAUUGGAUUUAGCUGUUCAGAUUGCCUCCAUUAGUGGUAACCCGCUGCAAGCUAUCGAGAGUGGCACAUUCGAGCCGGGUGAUGUCAACGAUGCCACCGGAACCGGGAACACUUGUAACACUGAGGGAGAUGAGGAGGGAUGUAUCUUCACAGAGAACCUCCUUGUCCCUGACGUCUCUGAAGACGAAAUCAACGGUGCAGUCGCAGAAGCCGGUAUCGACGUCAAUGCUGCUGACGUUGACGCUGACGCUGAACCUGUCCCAGACCAAUGCUCAGCUGCAGUUGCGCAAGCACUCGAAAAAGCAGCCAAGGCUACCGCAAUUACUACCACUAAGGAAAAAGCAACUGCAACUGCAGUGGCAACGACAAGUGCAACAAUAGCGGCAAUUACUACAACAGCCUCAACCUCAAGUGCCGCCGCGUCGACUGAAAGCGCCAAUAACCGAAUUCAAGGCUUUCAAAAUGAAGCUAACAUAGUUGAACCCGCUAAUAUACUGGGCGAGGGAAAUCGGAAUGAAGCUGGGAGAGUUGGAUCCUCUAAUAGAGCUUCCAAUCAACUCGUCUCUUCUGGAUUUUUCUCCUCCUCCUCCUCCCACUCUUUUCCUUCAAUUUCCUCCUCCUCGGCCUCUGACUUGGCACUGAUCGUCCUGGAUCUUGAUUUCGGUAUUUGCGUUGGUGGCAAUCCACUCAUUGUCUUCAACAAUAACUCGUACUCUCCCGUUGACUUGACCUUCUUCAACCACUCCUCAGUGGUUUCGAUCGAUAUCCUUAUCAUCUUUAUCUGCAGCACCUUGUCAAACACAUGUUUUGCCAGCAGUUCCGUUAUUGAGGCGUGUCUCCUUGGUCAAUCUCUUGCAGCGAACAAGUUCGGCCUUGCGGCUGCUGAUGCGUUCAACAGUGCAUUCCUUUUACUUAUAGAUAUAUAA